CUUCCAACGUCGUUCUGAGCGAGGGGACGCAACGGAGGCAGGCCGGAGCCGCUGCCGUCGCCAUGACCCGCGGUAACCAGCGCGAGCUCGCCCGCCAGAAGAAUAUGAAAAAGCAGAGCGACUCGGUUAAGGGAAAGCGCCGAGAUGACGGGCUUUCUGCUGCCGCCCGCAAGCAGAGGGACUCGGAGAUCAUGCAGCAGAAGCAGAAAAAGGCAAACGAGAAGAAGGAGGAACCCAAGUAGCUUUGUGGCUUCGUGUCCAACCCUCUUGCCCUUCGCCUGUGUGCCUGGAGCCAGUCCCACCACGCUCGCGUUUUCUCCUGUAGUGCUCACAGGUCCCAGCACCGAUGGCAUUCCCUUUGCCCUGAGUCUGCAGCGGGUCCCUUUUGUGCUUCCUUCCCCUCAGGUAGCCUCUCUCCCCCUGGGCCACUCCUGGGGGUGAGGAGGUUACCUCUUCCCAGUGUUUUUUAUUCCUGUGGGGCUCACCCCAAAGUAUUAAAAGUAGCUUUGUAAUUCCUUGA